GCCCCUCCAGGAGCUGUUCCCCUCGACAAUCUAGUUGUUUGUGUUUGUUUUGUUUUGUUUUUUCUUUGACACCCUCCCUCAAGACACUUAUGACGCUUCUUGUGCCGAAACUGUUGUACUGCAAUGAAGAAAAGGAGAAGGGUGACUUCCAGUCUUGACGAGAAGAUCCACCUGGGCUACCAGAAAGAUUCCCCGCAAGGAAAUGUCACGGGGGCGCGUGACCCACUGACCUACGCCCACUGCGCGGAGCGCCGGCCGGCCGAAGCCCGCCACCGUCCCCAGGACCUGCCCCCGCCUUCGGACCAGAGGAAGCUCCUGAGUUCUUUGCAGUAUAAUAAGAAUUUGCUCAAGUAUUUGAACGAUGACAGGCAGAAGCAGCCCUCUUUCUGUGACCUGCUCAUCGUAGUGGAAGGGAAGGAGUUCAGUGCGCACAAGGUCGUCGUGGCCGUUGGCAGUAGCUACUUUCACGCGUGUCUGAGCAAGAACCCGAGCACGGAUGUGGUCACCCUGGAUCACGUCACCCACUCCGUCUUUCAGCACCUGCUCGAGUUUCUUUACACGUCCGAGUUUUUCGUGUACAAAUAUGAGAUACCCCUAGUUUUAGAGGCCGCGAAGUUUCUGGACAUCAUCGACGCCGUGAAGUUGCUCAAUAAUGAAAGCGUCGCCCCGUUCCAGGCCGAGCUAGCCGAGAAGUCACCCGAAGAAACCCUAAGCGAACUAACCGGAAAGCUAUCGAAUAAUCACCAGUGUAAAUUCUGUAGCAGACAUUUUUGUUACAAGAAGUCUUUAGAGAAUCACUUGGCCAAAACCCACAGGUCCCUUUUGUUAGGGAAGAAACAUGGGUUAAAAAUGCUGGAGAGAAGUUUUUCCGCGAGGAGAUCGAAGAGGAACCGGAAGUGCCCUGUGAAGUGUGACGACACCUCUGAUGAUGAGCAGGAAAGCGGCGAUGGGUCCGACCAUCUGAGCCAAGAACAUUUCAGUAAGGAGAAGUCCGACAGAAAUGAUUCUGAGGAUCCCGGCAGCGAAUAUAACGCCGAAGAAGAUGAGCUAGAGGAGGAAAUGUCAGAUGAGUGCUCAGACACCGAAGAACAAAGUGACAAGGAGCAACAGGACGCGGAGGAGGGACCCGAGGCCUGCGAGUCUGUAGGAAGCAUUCAUGGCGGGCUGACUCCCGUGGUCAUUCAGAACAGCAACAAAAAAAUCCUGCAGUGUCCUAAAUGCGAUAAAACCUUUGACCGGAUAGGGAAAUAUGAGAGCCACACACGUGUUCACACAGGUGAGAAGCCCUUUGAGUGUGAUAUUUGUCACCAGCGCUAUUCGACAAAGUCUAACCUAACUGUUCACAGAAAGAAGCACAGUAAUGAAACAGACUUUCAUAAGAAGGAGCACAAGUGCCCUUAUUGUAAUAAACUUCAUGCAAGCAAGAAGACCUUAGCCAAGCAUGUGAAGAGAUUUCAUCCUGAAAAUGCACAAGAAUUUAUUUCCAUUAAGAAGACUAAGAGUGAAAGUUGGAAAUGUGAUAUUUGCAAGAAAUCUUUUACUCGAAGACCUCACUUGGAGGAGCAUAUGAUUCUGCAUUCUCAAGACAAACCCUUCAAGUGUACCUAUUGUGAAGAACACUUCAAGUCACGAUUUGCACGGUUAAAGCAUCAGGAGAAGUUCCACCUGGGUCCUUUUCCAUGUGAUAUAUGCGGUCGCCAGUUUAAUGACACUGGGAAUUUGAAACGCCAUAUAGAAUGUACGCAUGGUGGAAAGAGAAAGUGGACUUGCUUUAUCUGUGGAAAAUCCGUUCGAGAGAGAACUACUUUGAAAGAACAUCUGAGGAUCCAUAGUGGAGAAAAGCCUCACCUUUGUAGUAUUUGUGGGCAGAGUUUUCGCCAUGGAAGUUCAUACAGACUCCACUUACGAGUGCAUCACGACGAUAAGAGAUAUGAGUGCGAUGAGUGUGGGAAAACAUUUAUCCGCCACGACCACCUCACGAAGCACAAGAAGAUACAUUCAGGUGAAAAGGCUCAUCAGUGUGAAGAAUGCGGAAAAUGUUUUGGCCGUAGGGAUCAUCUCACUGUUCAUUACAAAAGCGUACACCUUGGAGAGAAAGUCUGGCAAAAAUAUAAAGCCACCUUUCAUCAGUGUGAUGUUUGUAAGAAAAUUUUUAAAGGCAAAUCAAGUCUUGAAAUGCAUUUUCGGACGCAUUCAGGUGAAAAACCAUACAAAUGUCAGAUUUGCAAUCAGUCUUUUAGGAUUAAGAAAACCUUGACCAAACACCUGGUUAUUCAUUCUGAUGCCCGGCCUUUCAACUGUCAGCACUGUAACGCGACAUUUAAGCGGAAAGACAAGCUGAAGUACCACACUGACCACGUGCACGGCAUCAAGUCUCCCGAUGACCCCCUGAGUGCUCCCGAGGAGAAGCUCGUGGCCCUGCCAGCAGAGUGCUCUUCAGGGGACAAAAUCUUCCCGGCAGGAACGGAACAGUACAUGGAGCAGCCCAAAGUGUAUCAGACGGAGGCCAAGACGAUGCUGCAGAACGUGCCUGCCGAAGUGUGUGUCCCGGUGACGCUGGUUCCCGUUCAGAUGCCCGACACCCCCAGUGAUCUGGGGCGUCACAGCACCACACUCCCACCACCUUCGCAUGACAUCUUGUCGCCACAGCCACAGAUAACUGAGUACCCACGCGCGGCUGACUUAGCUUUUCUGGAAAAAUACACUCUGACUCCUCAGCCUGCAAAUAUAGUUCAUCCCGUCCGACCUGAGCAAAUGCUGGAUCCCAGGGAACAGUCUUACCUCGGAACAUUAUUGGGCCUCGAUAAUUCUACUGCUGUGCAAAACAUUUCCAGUACUGAGCAUCACUCGUGAGGAAAUCGACACGUUCCGCAGGCUGCGUGCGGUGGUCGCGUGCUGACGGCCUGGCGACGAGGCCUCGCAGUAGCAGGACUAACCGUCUCGUUCCCCAAGUGCUCAGAGCCGACUCGCAUCAGAAAACUGAGUAUCUGUUUCCUGAACAUAACGAGUAUUUGGACAUAUUUUGAGGUAUAAUAUUUGAAGUGAACAUUUUUGUGAUUUUAAAAGAUUAUUCAGUGCUAAUUUUUAAUGGUAUCUCAAACU